AUGAUUCAUCACUUCCUGUUAUAUUUACUCUUAAUUGUAUCAUCUACAAUAACAAAAACUGAUGCUUUUUAUUUGCCUGGUGUUGCACCAACUACUUACCAUGAAGGUGACGAAAUUCCAUUGGUAGUUAAUCAUUUAAAGCCAACUUCAUUUUACAGUCACAAAGAGACUCAUAUUUAUUCCUAUGAUUAUUAUAAUGAAAAAUUACACUUUUGUCAACCAGCCAAAAUCGAAAAACAACCAGAAUCAUUAGGGUCUGUUAUCUUUGGCGAUAGGUUAUAUAAUUCGCCAUUCAUUUUGAAUAUGUUGGAAAAUAAAACUUGCGAAACUUUAUGUAAGACCACCAUACCUGGUGAUGAUGCUAAAUUUAUUAAUGAGUUAAUUGAAGAUGAUUUUGUCCAAAAUUGGUUGAUCGAUGGAUUACCAGUUGCUAGAAAAGCACAUGAUCCAAGAACAAAUUCAGAUUUCUAUUAUGCUGGUUUUGACUUAGGUUAUACAGAAGGAAUUAGCAACGAUGCUGGAGAAGAGGGAAAAACUUUCUAUUUUAUUAACCAUUUUGAUAUUACUAUAGAAUAUCACGAUCGCGGUGAAGGGAAUUAUAGAAUUGUUGGUAUCUUGAUAAACCCUGCCAGUUUAGAAAGAGAUGAUGUAGAUUCUUGUGACUUGACUGGUCAAGCUAAAAGUUUAAGUGAAACUGAAGAUAAUGAAGUUACAUUUACUUAUUCUGUUUCAUUUGUCCCUUCGGAUACCUUAUGGGCCACUAGGUGGGAUAAAUAUUUCCACACGUAUGAUCCAAAAAUACAAUGGUUUUCUUUAAUUAAUUUCAGUAUUAUAGUUGUGCUAUUGUCCUCUGUUAUGAUUCACUCUUUGUUUAGAGCUCUAAGGAACGAUAUUCAAAAAUAUAAUGAGUUGAACUUAGACGAUGAGUUUGAGCAGGAUUCUGGUUGGAAGUUGUUGCACGCUGAUAUUUUUAGGUCCCCAAUUAAACUAUCUUUACUAAGUGUUUUUGUUGGUAGCGGUUUCCAGAUCUUUUUGAUGACUGGAUUUGUUAUUUUUUUAGCAAUGUUUGGUUUAUUGUCCCCUUCUAAUAGAGGUUCAUUGCCUACUGUUACGUUAGUUAUUUUCGCUUUGUUUGGUUUCAUUGGCUCUUUUACUUCAAUGACCAUUUAUAAGUUUUUCGGUGGGACGAUGUGGAAAAUGAAUAUGGUGAUGACACCUAUCUUAGUUCCAGGUGUAUUAUUUUUGUGUGUUGUUUGUUUGAACGUUUUCUUAUUGUUUAGCGGCUCUUCUGAUGUCAUUCCAUUCGGGACUUUGUGUGCCAUAGUUGGUAUAUGGAUUCUAUUAUCCUUGCCCUUGAGUUUUGCAGGGUCUUUAAUUGCUUGGAAAAAGAAAUUUAGUGAAACUUCUCUAAUUUUUUCGUACCCACCAACAAAAACAAAUCAAAUCCCAAGACAGAUACCAGUUCAGCCAUGGUACCUACGUACUAUUGCUGCCUCGUUUGUAGCCGGUAUUUUCCCAUUUGGUUCUAUUGCCGUCCAGUUGUAUUUUAUCUAUAAUUCCUUAUGGUAUAAUAAGAUUUUCUAUAUGUUUGGGUUUUUGUUUGUUUCAUUUGUUUUGUUGACUUUCACUACUGCUUUGGUUACCGUGUUGUUGACGUAUUACAGUUUAUGUUUGGAAAAUUGGAAAUGGUGCUGGAGAAGCUUUAUUGUCGGUGGUCUUGGCGUUAGUACUUAUGUAUUUAUUCAUUCUAUUUUAUUCACUAAAUUUAACUUAGGUGGCUUCAUUACUAUUGUUUUGUACUGUGGUUAUAGUGCUAUUAUAUCUUUAUUAAUAGGGUUAUGUACUGGUGCCCUUGGGUUUUUGAGUAGUUUAUUGUUUGUUAAAAAGAUUUAUGGUGCUAUUAGGGUUGAUUGA